AAUGGAGGACAGCUGUGUCUUAAACUUGAUAUCAUAAACUUCUCUUCCUUUUGUAAAUUAAUUUCUCAAAUAAAAUGAACUAUGUGACUCAUUAAGCAGUUAAGGUACUAAUAAUUAAGGGGAAUUAUCAUUUACUUAAAAUGUAACAAAUGUAUUUAUUAUGAAUAGGAAGCAAGUAAAAAAUCCAUAUAAACAAAAAAGAAAAUCAAUAAAGACUAGAAUUAAAAUGUAAAAAAGAAUUAAGGUCAUUGGACUGCUUAUGAACAUUAUAUAUAUAUUGAGUUCCUUAAAUAAAACCAUAAUACAACAAUGCAAAAUCAAUAAAAUAGAAAAAAUAACAAAAUCUUCAAACUCAUGUCAAUGACUAUUGGAACAAGAUCUCCGUCUUAAUGCAGGUAUUAUAUAUUUAUAUUAAGAUCACACCAUUAAAAAUUUAAUCCUUUCACAUAGGCUGGUCAAAAGAGGAAUAAGAAAAAUAACAAGAAAAUCAGUAAUCUUCAUAAUAAUAAAUUUAGAUCCUACAAAUAUAGGAUUAGCCAUAGAAGUCUAAGUAGAUUUUACUUUAGAAAUCAAAUCUUAAAUAAGUAUUAAUGAAUUAUAAAAAUAAGAUCCUUAUCAUUUUGAUUAAUUAUCCAACUAUGAAGACUCUCGUCCUUAGUUAUAAAAUUUCUGCUGCAAUUCUAAUUAUGAUAGUGAUUACGGUAAUCAAUAUUGUUGUAAUUCAUAUCUGGAAGGAAUACUUGAUUGA